GGUGUCUAACUUCAGAGUUCAGUCGUGUUUCAGCAGUCGUCGGUGUGGGUUACGUUAACGUCUAAUGAACUGUGGUGUUACGUGGACUAGUUGUUAUUCAUCAGUGUCUUUGUGUUUAGAUUGAAUAAUUUAUCAAGAUUUUUGUUAAGAAAGAUUCAAUCCGAAUAAUCACUAUUUUUGGGUGCUAAUUUUAGGAAGUUUAAUGAUCCUGAAAUACAGGAAUGUAUUGUAUUGUUUGAAUGUAGAGAGUAGCCAAGUGACAUAGUGGCGGAUAGAGUGGAGGGGGGUAGCUCGGGAGGGGGGUGGAGCAAGCACCCAGAUCAAGACACAAUGUUGUAUGGACUGCCCUAUUAUGAUAGCACAAGCACCUUCAACACUGGAUCGCCUUAUUUCCAGGCGAAAAGACUCCGUCCAGAAGAUGGGGAAGCAUCCGAGAGAUCAAGGUCGGUAGGUGAACAGGCUCAACCUGAACAAUCCAAUGCCAAUGAUAAUAGUGGAGGAGGAGGAGGUGGAAGUGGUGGAGGAGGUGAAGGAGGAGUUGUUGCAGGAGGAGGGGUGCCUAACAGCCCCAGUCCGGAAAGCCAAUCUAAUGACGACUCGUCAACGGGUGCUUCGCCGCGACCAGGAAAUAUGAUUGGAAGUAGUAGAGAAAGAGAGAACGAUCCACCCCAUUACCCAGCUUGGAGUAACUCAGUUCUGACCAACGACUCUCCACGUAAGUUAGAAAAGCAAUCAGAUACUGGAAUUAAGUCUGAAGUGGGAAACUCAUCAGGCGAUCAAGAUCCAAUUUAUUCAGUUGCUGGUGAAGCAAUGAAUACUUUUGUCGAUUCUUCAAAAGAGGCCGCCCAGUAUCAACCAUAUUCUGGUGCCCCUACUCAACCGUUCUACAGUAGCGUGCAACAAGCUUACAGUGCUCAAAAUCCUAGUUACAUGAAUGCUGCUGGAUUCUAUUCAACAGCAUAUCCUACUGUCACAUAUUCCAGUGCAAACAGACUGAGUCAAUGCGGAAGCAAAAGUGCAGCAGGAUCUGGAAGCAAUGGUGUGAACGCCAACCCAUAUGCCAACCUCAACCCUUACGCCAAUUCCAAUGCUGCCAACAACGCUAAUGCGAAUUCCUUUUCGGCAGCGGCCGGACAGCAAGCAUAUCAAAGUUACACCGCCGGCUACAAUUCACAGAACUAUGUCAAUCAAGAAGAAUAUAGUAGCUAUAGCAAUACUUAUGCUGCUAGUUACUAUGCAGCAUCUCAAGGCUACCCAGCUUAUGUCAGUCCCUCUUGCUCCGCGACGGCUUCAUAUCAAUUACCAAAUGCGUUAUCAGAAUCGCCACUAGUCGGAGAUGCGAUGACCUCUCCCGUGAAAACAGAAUCGAGCAGAAAGAGUGGGAGCGGUGGUCGAGGUAGGGGGAGGAGGGUGCACCCCUCUUCUUCCCUGCCACACAAUCACAAUUCUCACCAAUCGGCCUCCCCUCCUCACCCCCUACCAGAAAACAACCUCGACAGAGUUUUCAUCUGGGAUUUGGACGAGACCAUUAUUAUUUUCCAUUCACUACUCACCGGAACAUUUGCUUCCAGAUUCUCUAAAGAUACUCAAAGUAUUGUACAGCUCGGUUUCAGAAUGGAAGAGAUGAUUUUUAAUUUGGCAGACACUCAUUUUUUCUUCAAUGAUGUUGAGGACUGCGACCAGGUGCACAUAGAUGAUGUGUCAUCAGAUGACAACGGCCAAGACCUGAGCGCAUACAACUUCGCCACAGACGGCUUCACAUGCGGAGUGAGCGGUGCCGGGCCAGUAGGUGCUGGGCCUAUGCAGGGUGCAGGCCCAGGGGUGGGAUCAGGGGCAGGCCCAGCUGUUAGGGGUGGAGUUGACUGGAUGCGCAAACUGGCAUUCCGUUACCGCAAGGUGAAAGAUAUCUACAAUAACUAUCGAAACUCAGUCGGAGGUCUCUUGGGAACUGGCAAGAGAGAUCAAUGGUUGCAACUGAGAUCAGAAAUUGAAGCUGCUACUGAUAAUUGGCUGACACUUGCAAUCAAAUGUCUCACUCUCAUCAAUUCGCGACCGAACGCUGUGAAUGUUCUCGUAACGACAACCCAGCUGGUUCCUGCUCUGGCAAAAGUAUUGCUAUUCGGCCUGGGAGGCCUUUUUUCAGUCGACAAUGUCUACUCAGCCGCUAAAAUUGGCAAAGAAAGUUGUUUCGAGCGAAUUGUGUCGCGGUUUGGCAGAAAAUGCACCUACGUGGUGGUUGGAGAUGGACAGGAUGAGGAAAAUGCUGCUAAACAGCUGAACUUCCCUUUCUGGCCAAUCUCGAGUCAUUCAGAUCUCAUAGCUCUGUAUAAUGCAUGUGACAUGGCAUUCCUUUAGAAUAGAAAAACGUUGUUCAUAAUAUAUGUUACAGUUGAACUGCAAGUUUUUUCGUUAAAACUGAUUAUGAUUUGAAAUAGAAAAUUAAUUACAUCACUAUUAUAAUGUAUCACAUAUAGAGCAUUUAUCGAUGUUUUUUCGAUAAAAAUUAUUAUGAUUUUUUGUCGUACGAAUUAAUAGAGAAUAUACAUUAUAAAUACAUUUAUAUACCCUUUAUAAAUACAUUUAUAUACCCAUUACAAAUAUGAAUAAUUUUUCAUUACUUUUUUCGCCAGAACUGAUUGUGAUUUGUUUUAAUAGGAAUUCAAAGAAAAAUAUUUCUUUGUCUUAUCUAUACAGUGGCGGCUCCAGGGGGGGGGGAGAGCUUAGAACAUUUUAAAAUUUCAUUUUUGAUCCAUAUAAAAAUAAACUCGUGCUUCUUUUAAAUUUUCUUGAUAAAUUAAUCAGAAAUAUCAUAAAAUAUUUGUAGAAAUAGAACCUAUUUCUUUUUUACAUUAGUUGAAUCAUUACAAACCUAUUUUAAUAGAAUAAUAAUUAACUUGUACUCAGGAAAAAUAUAACCAAGUGAAUUCUUCUACAGAAAAAAGAAAUUGCAUUGAACUGGAAGAUCAUAAUCCUGAGGCUUUCUGGGCACUCUCAAAAGGCUCAGAAGGUCAAAGUCAGGGGUAUUGAACGACUUUACACAAGUGGGCUUUCAGAGUACCGCACUCGUGUUUUUGCUUUGUAUAGAGUACCCCAGAAACCUCGAGAUUUUGAUGAUUAUUCUACUUGACUGAAAUUUCAGUCUAAUAAUUUGACCUUCUGAGCCUUGUGAGAGUGCCCAGAAAUCCUCAAGAUUCUGAUCUUCCAGUUCAAUGCAAAUUUCUGUGCUCUGUAGAAUCAACUGAAGUUGACUAGGUACAGAGAAAAUUAUUCCUGAUUCUUUGCCAUUAAUUUUCUCUUGAAAUUAUGUAUAGAAAUCAUGUAUCAUAUGACCACCUUCCCAUUUAAAAAAAUUAAAUUGGAAUAAAAAUGGCGGAUCGAAGAUAGAGGACAAAAAUUUUGAAGCUACAGAAAAUUAGGUUUUUGAUUUCGAAUAGGAUCUGAAAGCUACUGUCAAAGUAUCCAUGUGAAAGAAAUAUCGAGCUAAUCACCCAUUAAUUGUUUGUUUUUAAUGGAAUGGAGGUCUCGCUAUUUGAACUGAAGAUAUUUUCAAGACUGCAUAAAACAAAAAUUUGAUUCUGGUAUUCUCGAUUUAGAAAGGUAGUGUAGUAUAAUAUUCAAAAUUAACUAAUUUUUUUAAUGAACUUUCAAAAAAUUAAGUCUCUGUUACGCAGUCUAAAGAUGAAAAUUAGUUGUAUCUCAGUCAUAUUCAAUUUUUUUUCAAUUAUGAAUUUAGCAGUAAUAAUAGUGCUCAGUAGUUAGAAGAAAUAAAAUUCUUCUUGAGAAUAUUAGUAGAGUUUACCGUUGAUGAAAACGUGUAGAAUAUAGUGGAGGUGUUUAUCUAGAAAGUCCAUCAGUUUACCUACCUCCCCCCCCCACCCGCAGAAACCAUCUUGGAGCCACCCAUGUUCCAUAUAUCAGAUGUCUAUUCAUAAAUAACUUAUCAACAUUUCUUCAAAGAUAAAGUGAUCAUAAUGAAGUAUUUUCAUUUUCUAUUUAUUUACUGAAGAAUAAUAAUUCAUUUUGAAACUUAGAAUGGCAUGAGUGCCCGAAACUAGUUGUGUUUAUGUAAAAUAUUACAAAAAGGGUACUAGUAUUUUCUAUAAUAAUUAAACUAAUCAUGAUUUGUUGUACAACGAAUUGAAAGAGAAAAUACAUUUAUUUACUAUUAUAACAUAAUUAUAAUAUGAGUUAUUUUUAAAGAUUUUUCUUGGCGAAAAUAAAUAUUUUAUAAUCAAUACCUUGUACUAUUCAUAUCUCUGGCGUAUGAAACAAAUUGUAAAGAUUCUUCAAACGCACAUUAAUAAAAGAUUAUGAUUUAUUUCAGAG